GCACGGUCCUCCGCGUUUAGUGGAAAAUCAAACGAACGCGAUUUUCCUAGACGAACGCGUUACCUGGUAUCGCUAUGGUGUGCCUUUUUUUUGUCAAAUGCAAGAUGACAACUGGAAUUUAAUGAUCCAAUCCGAGCCAAGACUUUACGCCAACUCGACCGAAAGGGUUAAUCGUGAAAUUAGCGUACAACGAUACUUUAGCACUCGAUAAGUGGUGGUACUGUCCCUCUGAGGGGUCGAAAGCUGUAUGAAGACUGGGCUGCUUGCCGGUCACCACCUGCUCCUGCACCGGGCCACCAUCAACCUGAACCUUUCCCCGAACUGGUCAGCCUUCCAAGCCGUUCUCGUGCACCGCGCACCUCUGCGAGCCCAUGUACACAACUCUGCCCCCAAGUGUGCCGCCUUCCCACUCGAAGCACUCCACGACGAAGACAUCAUGUUUGGCAGGGCAGUCCAAGCAAAGGCCGCCGAGGCCAACAACAACAAUAACAAGUCGAAGCCCGGUGCUUCGUCAAUAACCAACAACGCUUCCCUGAAGCAGCAACUCUUUCCUUCUAGCAGUCCCGCACGCGCCCCCUCAGUCGGCUCCCAGUCUAGGACAUCAUCCGUCGCCGAUAUGUUCAAGAAACCUGGGUUCGGUGGUGCCUCUAGCGGUGCCAUUUCCGCCAGUUCAAGACCUUCAGCGACUACCGACCCGUUGACGACUCGACCCGCGAAUAGUGCUCCGCGACCGCCUCCCAGCUACGGCAGCAGUGGCAGUGGCAGUGGCAGAGCGUUUGCGUCGCUUUACAACGCUUCUGACUCCUUCAAUGAUACCCCAGAUGUGAUCGACCUUUCCAUGCAAUCAACAAGGCGACCUCAGCAUGAUUUAACUUCGUCGGUAUACAUUGAGGAUGACGAUUUCAGCGAUGACGAGAACCUCGAUUUGGACUUCGAAGCCCCAUCCGCCUUGCCAGUCCUCCCAACUGGGCGAAUAAGCCUCGAACAACAUCGGGAGUUGCAAAAGCAACAAGAGGAGGAAGUGAAAGAAUCUCGGUUCCGCGAGCUCCCGCCAGGGACUCAUACCAGUGUUCUUUCUUGGUCGGAGUCUUCGCCAUCCCAUCUUCAACCCCCCAAGCGCGAGCUGAAUCCCCCUCCCAAUACCAACAGGAGACGCGACCGCCUGCAAGACGACGACUUCGACUUCGAACCGCCCGCCGCUGUAAAGAAACCAAAGCGCGAACUACCUUGGACGAUGGAACCGGAAUCAAAGGAGGAGGAGUGGAAACAUGCCGAAAAAUACUCACUAGAGAAGAGCGGAUAUGCUCCCACGCCGGAAUCGAAGCCCAAGGGGUCCAUGCUAUGGAACACUACGGCAAGCGCGGUCAAGGAACAGAAGAAGCAGCUCAAAGACAGGCAAAAGUCUUCCUCGGUCGCUCCCAAGACGGAAAUACCCAUGGACGAGAUCAAGAAGGUCGUUUCGUCCCAUCUUAGCAAGGCGUCAGCCAUUACAUUGAGCGGCGAGCAGCUUCACGUGAAGAGCUUGGUGUCCAUCACCAAGUUUGCGUACAAGACUCCAUCUGUCGCCCAGGCUAUUACGAAGCAGCAGCAGCAGAGAAGAGAGGUGAUUGACAUUGAGGACGAAGAGGAGAGGAUGGCAGGAUAUGGUUGA